UUGUUAUUCUCCACAUUGCAUGUCUCUUUGUCACUAAGUUUUCGAUAUGAACCAGGAAUCCAGUUCCCUCUUCGUAUAAAGAAAUAAUACUGGUACCAUGUCCUCGCGGAGAGAGGCCAGCAACUUUAGUACUCUCGAAAGGGGCAGAGACGCGCUCGUCGCAUAACGUCGGCGGAAUUGUCUUCAUCCGUUCCCGAAGGAACUUCCUCUUUAGUAUAAUGCUAGGUUGAGACUUCCCGUCGCUUCCCGAGUUGGCUUGGACGCGAGCCACUCUGAACAGGGACCACACUGUCUGUGCUUGCGGGGAGGUUCAGUCCGUUCCUUUGUGAACCCGGCGCUGAAAGGGUACCGCUGCGUAUGUGUGAGCAGGUAUGGGCAAUCACGCUGACUGGAGGUCCUGUGUGCGGGCGCACUUCUCGCUAGUACUGCUGCUGCUUCUAGCCCGGUCAUACGGCUCAAGUGCAGCACCAGUUGGGCAACCGUGUGACUUUGAAAAUGGUGACACGACUGGAACAUAUCACCUGAAUUGCACUGCCAAACUGAACAAAACUGUUAACAAUUUCGUGUUUCCCGCUGGGGAGGCAAGGAAAAUGACCAAACUAGACCUGAGUCGAGUGAAACUUGCGGACACACUGAUCAACUUGAGGGAUGAUGCUAUCUUCUAUUCGCUGACAGAUCUGGUAUUACGGCAUUGUGACCUGGCAAAUGUUUCUGGUCUGUUUCGCCAUAUGACAAAACUCACCUCACUAGAUUUGUCUUACAACCGGCUGAGGACACUGCCAACUGAUCUGCUUCCUGAACCCAGCUCUCUGAAAGUACUGGUAUUACGGCAAUGUGACCUGGCAGAUGUUUCUGGUCUGUUUCGCCGUAUGACAACACUGACUUCACUAGAUUUGUCUUACAACCGGCUGAGGACACUGCCACCUGAUCUGCUUCCUGAACCCAGCUCUCUGAAAGUACUGGUAUUACAGCAUUGUGACCUGGCAAAUGUUUCUGGUCUGUUUCGCAAUAUGACAAAACUCACUUCACUAGAUUUGUCUUACAACCUGCUGAGGGCACUGCCAGCUGAUCUGCUUCCUGAACCCAGCUCUCUGAAAGUACUGAAAUUAAAGUUUUGCUUACUGGACCACGUAGAUGGUACGUUUGCCCGUAUGACAAAUCUCAUCACGCUAGAUUUGUCUUUGAACUAUCUGACUUCUCUGCCACUUGAUCUGGUCCCUCGACCCGGCUCUCUGAAAGAACUGUACUUGGACUACGACUCUCUGAUAACAUUUCAUCCAUUGCAGUUCUCCAACAUGACGGGAUUAUCAAAGCUUGGAUUGAAGCACACCUUUAUCCCGUUACGUCCUGGAGUGUUCGACAACUUGGCAACACACUUCUCGCUUGGGCUGGAAGACAAUAAAUACACCUCGUUUCCCGAUCAUUUCUUUACCUACGGCCGUAACAUACAAGGCAAGAUAUACCUGAAGGGCAACCGGCUGAGCACGACUACAAACCUGUGCCAUGUGAUACGCGAUGGUGUACACCUGGACAUUGAGGCGUCAGCGAUGAAGUCAGUGAAUCAGAUCAACAGCUCAGGUAUAUGUCGGCAAAAUUGCGUCAACGAGCAAAGUCCUGCAUCGGCUGAGUGCAAUGCUACGUGUGAAGGUACACUCGUGGACUACGAGUGUGUAGAGUGCUUGGUUAGAGAUUAUUCUCCAGGAUAUUGCCCGACCCUAAACAUUUCUCAUGGGUUGGUGUCAUACUAUAAUUCGCGUCGCAUACAUACAUUAGUCAGGCUGUCUUGUGAUCUGGGAUACGAGAUGAAGAUGGUUAAGGACAUCAAGAAGGGGGUUGAUCGAGUGUUGGAUCACAUUGACUUCAUUUGCACACGCGAGAGCUGUGAGCAAGGCACAUGGAGCGAAGAGCCAGUCCUAUGUUUGCCUAUCGAAUACUACUGUGACAAUGUGGCCAUGAAGGGGGCUGCAACAACCACCACGACAAUCACACCACAGAUUGGAGGUGUCACAAGGGUAAACUGUGGAUACGGUUAUGACAUUCCGGACGCUUGGACUUGCAGCGCUUACGCUAUAAACCAAGGCGUAUACCGUGAAGCUGACCACCUUAAGGAAGGGAGGACGUGUCAAAAAUAUAUUCUAGCCACUAAUUACUGCCAUGUUCCAACCAUUUCCAAUGGACGAGCGACAGUAUACAAGAAAGGAGCUCAAGAAAUAGCACACGUAGAAUGCGAUCUUGGAUUCAGCAUAUUUGGCGAGUCUGACGGCUACUUGAUGUGCAGACCAUGGUUGCAGCGGCAAGGAAUAUGGGAAGGCCAGGGAGUGCGUGAUACACACAACUUUUCAUGCCAAAGUAACUUCGUCUGUACCCAUACCACAGUUCCUGGCACAUCUGGGAUAAAUGUCGUAGUCAAAGCUGUUUCAACCGCCGAGGUGUCUUUUGACGUCGCGAAAGCGAUGUGCGACAAUAAGAACAUGAAACUAUUGCCUCCUGAGCUCAGCUGGUGCGCAACAGGCAAUCCUUCUAGUCCCUAUUACAACUAUAACGCAUGGCUAGGAUUUGAAUUCAUACCGGAUAAAAGGAUUGUGUCCAACAUGGGGUGGAUUCCAUAUCCGAGUCCUCCGAGUGCCUUUCACGCUAUUUGCAUUGGAGGUAAGUGCAUUGGACACUGA